UGUUUUUUUAGAGUGUAGAUAGAUAGAUGCAGCGGCAAAUAUGACGCGAGAAGGUCGGACUCGAGACGAAGAAUUUUCAGACGAGCUCAUACUUUCUAGUGAGGAAUCUCAUCGUGAUUCUAGUAGAUCGCCUGUGAUAGCAAGUGACCGUUGGCGUGGCCGUGUAUCCUGCUUGUUUGAGAAGGGCAACUUGAGUGUGCUCGUGUCGUUCGCUGUCGGCAUCACCGGCAUACUCGUUCGCCUAUUGGGCUUAUCUUCGUGUAAUGAGAAGGAUGAGGUAACGAAUACGACGUCUGCAGACUGCAAUGAAGCGUUGCUCGUGUCUGCUCGCUAUUUCAUCGCAUCCGGACUGUUUGGGUUCGCUGGCGGCAUCACAAACUGGGUCGCUCUCAAAAUGCUUUUCCAUCGCAUUCCACUUGUCUAUGCUCUCUAA